AUGGGCUCGGAAUCCUCGAUCACCGGCUCUAACACCUUUUCUUCCGAAAUGGAUGAAUCGAAGUUCUUGAAAAGAAAUCGCGUGUUGCAUUGGGCAAGACUAGGGUUAUCACUCUUGAUCUUCAUCGCUGCCGUCGCGAUCGUUUCCUGCGAAGCAGUCCCAUUCCACCAUUACAAAAAUACAGUUAAAUGGGCAUCUUCGGGCCUUGCACUCUGGCCUUUGAACCUCGAUAUUCGGCCCACGGUAGCUGCUAUCUCCUGUGGCUGCAUUAUUGGCUUCUUCCACUUGGCAUACGUUGUCGCGGCUCUUCUUCCAUUGCCAUACUCUCGGAUUAAAUUCCUGAACUCUUACUCUUCUGUCUCGGCGACUGCGGGCUUUCUUACUGCACUGAUAGGUCUUGUCUUCAUUAUCUACCGUCCAUCCUCGACAUACCCAACCGGCUUCACCGAUAGCCAAACCUUGCACAGCUGGACCUGCAAAUGGAGGGAAAGUGCUAGCGGUGAGACUACACCUAUUCAUUUUUCGCGCGACUGUCGUGCCACACGCGCAGGCUUCGGGUUGCUGUGCUUGACACUCGGGUUGGAGAUCUUCAUGGGGAUUGCUGCGGCUGUAGGAACCUGGUUCCAAAGGGAUGUUGGUCGUCGGCGUGAAGAGCAGGUUCAGCUGGAGAAGCUGGAGAUUGCUACGAAGCAAGUGUAUAAGAAUUGA